GCAACAGGUGCACGAGAGAGCACUAGAGAAGGCGUCAGGCGUUGACACUGGGACUUGGAGAAGGACACGCGGACACUUUAAAUAGCCUUGCACCGAAAUGGAUAAAAGUGGAGAAAAUCUCUACGAGGAGGUUGGUCAGGAAAAUGCCUACGAAAAACCGGACCCCAUACCGGAACCUCAGUAUGUUAAUAACCAGGCAAUUUAUGAGGAUCCGGCAGACCCCAAAGACGCGAUUUACACGGAGGUUGCCAUUCACUCAUCACCAGAACCAGAGCCCGCCGCUUCACCUCAGUAUAUGAACACAGAGCCGGCGGCUUCGCCCGAGUAUAUCAACACACAAGAGCCCAUCUACGAGGAGCAUCCAGCUGACAAGGCACAGGCGGGCAGCAGCUCUUCCAGUGAGGAUGAAGCGGAGAAGGCAGAAGAGGCCCAGCCGGUGGCCGCAGCACUGGUUGCAGAUGAAGAAGCUGUUCCAAUGGCAGUCAACGGAGACGCAAGUCUUUCCAGGAGGUCAUCUUCAUCUUCUUCAGCGUCUUCCGAGCACAACGCUGACCCGUGCGACGACCCGCCACUUCACGAGGACAACGCGGAUGAUGGCCUGCUCAUGGCCUACACGAGACCGGAUUCGUCUCCGGAACCCGAGGAAAUCGUUGACUACAGCCUCAAACCAGUGGAAAACAAUGUAGUCGAGGAGACCCCACCAGCCACUGAUCCUGACACGCCAGAAGUCGCUCUUUUCGUUAAGGCUGGCAUUGAUGGCGAAAGCAUCGGUAACUGCCCCUUCUCCCAGCGCCUCUUCAUGAUCCUGUGGCUCAAGGGCGUGGUCUUCAAUGUCACCACGGUGGACCUGAAGAGGAAGCCAGCUGACCUGCACAACCUGGCGCCGGGCACACACCCACCCUUCCUGACCUACAACGGCGACGUCAAGACGGACAUCAACAAGAUUGAGGAGUUCCUGGAGGAAGUGCUGGCUCCGCCCAAGUACCCCAAACUGGCCGCCAAGAACAGGGAGUCCAACACAGCAGGCAUCGACAUUUUCGCUAAGUUCUCAGCCUACAUCAAGAACACGAAAAAAGAGGCCAACGACGGUCUGGAGAAAAGUCUCCUGAAGGCCCUGGGGAAGCUGGACAGCUACCUGAACGGCGCCUUGCCAGAUGAGAUCGAUGCCAACAGCAUGGAGGAGGAGAAGAGCUCCAGCCGCAAGUUCCUGGACGGAAACGAACUGACACUCGCAGACUGCAACCUGUUGCCUAAACUGCACAUAGUCAAGGUGGUGGCUAAGAAGUACCGCAACUUUGAGAUCCCCGGCGACAUGAAGGGAGUGUGGCGCUACCUGAACAGCGCCGGCAGCCGGGACGAGUUCACCAACACCUGCCCUGCCGACAAGGAGGUGGAGCUGGCCUACCAGGACGUGGCCAAGAGACUGGCCAAGUAAACAAACAUCAACAACACCCCCAAACCCCCCAGCUGCCCUGACCCCCUCCACCUGCCUUGACCCCUCCGGUCGACCCCACCAACAUCACCAAGAUGGCCUACCAGGAUGUGGCCAAGAGACUGGCCAAGUAAACACACCCCCAUUAUACCCCCCCAAACGCCCCCAGCCUCCCUCACCCCUCCAGUCGCCAUGACCCUCAACUCCAUCUCCACCUCACCCCACAGCCCUGUCCAAGCCAACACUACCAAGAUGGCCUUUUAGGAUGUGGCCAAGAGACUGGCCAAGUAAACACCAACAACACCCCCAAAGCCCCCAUACCCCCGUCAGUCGCCCUGACCCCUCCAUCCGACCCCUCCGAUACCAUAUCCACCUCACCCCACAGCCCUGUCCAAGCCAACACCACCAAGAUGGCAAACUAGGAUGUGGCCAAGAGACUGGCCAACAACACCCCUAAAGCCCCCAUACCCCCAGUCGCCAUGACCCCUCCAGUCGCCAUGACUCCUCCAGUUGCCCUGACCCCUCUAGCUCCCCUGAGCCCCAACUCCAUCUCCACCUCACCCCACAGCCCCGUCCAAGCCAACACCACCAAGAUGGCAAACUAGGAUGUGGCCAAGAGAUUGGUCAAGUACAUAUACACCAACCCCCAAACCACCCAGCCGCCUUGACAUCCCUCCCCCCAAAUCCAUCCCAGCUCACCCCUCACCAUCACCCCUUGCCACCAUCUUAAACCCAACUCCCCCCCCCCAUGCUCACCACCAACACCACCUUUGGCCAGAGAGCUAGAACUUUCACAUUCACUCUUAAACCAGCCAACUCCACCCUACUCACGUCACGCAACCACCCCCCCCACCUCCGAUGUCCCCUCUACCCUUCGACUCAAUCAACAACUCUCAAGGACAGCCUGAGACUGAGCCUUUCCCUGAAGAAAAAGUGUUUGUCAAUGAUUGAUCGAUCGAACAAUGACAGGGUUUGUGUGGCAGGGAAAGGGUCCUCAUUGUAAUGUGCAGUGUUGGUGAAUGAUUGACAUGGUCUGAUUGCUGUCGAGGCUGUGCGAAGUCUGGCAUUGCUCUGCAGUGAAUCACAGUUUUACGAGUCUCAGUUUGAUACAUUAUGAAGAAAGACGGUUAAGAAGUCAUCAUUUCUCCUAUGCUCUUGCUCUCUCUCUCUCUCUCUCUCUCUCUCUCUCUCUCUCUCUCUCUCUCUCUCUCUCUCUCUCUCCCUCUCUCUCUCUCCUUCCUCUUCACCGCCACCUAUUUCCUCGCCUUUGUGAAAACAGCCAAAAUGAUAUUAUCAUCUUCUUCUGGGGGGUGGGAUUGUUUGAAUGGGCUUACUACUACUUAAUAUUUAUUUUCACUUGUCACCCUCGGUUGCCCUCGGUUGCUUUGUGUGGCAUGACGGCUCACCAGCUUAAAACACACUACAAUCUACUGUAUUUAAGAGACUUAUGUACGGCAUGCGGUGGGGAUGUCGUCAGUUGCUAUAGCCGUGGGAAUGCAAUGGCUUUAUCAAAAUGUCUCCACUUUAGCGUCACUCUGCAGUUGAAGGCUUGAUUCAUGAUGAUGAUUCUUGGUUCAUGCUUGAUUUAGAUCUGGUCUGUAUGCAAGCAAAAGGAGGCGGGUUGUAAUCGUUAGGAGGAGCAAGGUUGUAAAAAAAAAGAUUUUCAUAGGAGAGAGAGAUACCCCAGGCUUGUUCAUUUCCAGGAUCCAUUUCAAGUGUGGUGAACGCCCGUUUAGGAGACCUUUGGUUAGGAGACCUUUGGAGUCUUGAGGUUGAGAAUAAAUGGAGUUCCCUUAGCGCUGUAGAUGGCGGUAGCGCACAUCUUGUGCAAGCCGCCACCAAACGCCACAAAAAGAGAAGAAGAAGGAGGGGACAACGCCCUCUUAGGAGACUGAAUUUAAGCAUACUCCUUUGCAUUGGGUGGGCGCAGUUUGGAAUAUCUUUCUCUCCUAUGAAAACCUUUGGUUGUAAGCAAUUCAGCUUCUGUGGUCGAGAGCGCCUCCUCCUGCAAUCUAGAGGUAUAACAUCCCUGUUCAGCCAUGAUCAAAAAAGAGUGUGUUUCUCAACAGCAUUGAAUGGCAUUUCCCAUUCGAAACCUACCACGUUGCGAAGUGGUUAGCAAUGACGCUUUCAGGCAACAGAGUCAAGGCCAGAACUGAAGAAUUUGAACCAUUUUGGGAAUGGUAUAAUGUCACGUAAAUUUCCAGUUACUUACAACCACACUCUUCUGAUUUCUAUGACCUGGAUGAAUGCGAAUCUUACGGUAUAUAUAUAUCCUUACAUGCAUACACAUACGUACAUAUAGUCCUGAAGAAGUAUAUUUUAAAAGGAAAGUGUUAUUAUGCAUUAUGCAUGUGUUGAACGGGUGGAAAAUGAACAAAUGUUGUCAGGGGGGAUGUCUUGAAUGUAAAAACCAAUGUAUUUCAUUUCUUCUUUGUCUUGAACUGCCCGAGAACAAAAUCUGUUUUUUGUGAAAGUCUGUGAAUAUAAGCCUUUCCCCACUCUCCUGGACCCUUUACAGUGAAACAAAAAACUGCUGACACACAUUAUACACAAGCUCUUAUUUAUCUUUCUUUUUUCAAAGCUCAUAACAUCCUAUAGCGUGAUUCAGAAAAAAAAGACGAAAUAUACUGUAUAUCCUAAUUUUAAUCAGAAACAUUUAUUAUGAAACAAAGUGCCUUUUUGGAAACCCACCGGCCAAAACACCCUCCUGAUUGUGUGACUUUUAUUCCUGUAAUUAUAGUCUAGUUAAUGCUAACAGACGUUCAUUUGUUAAUCUUAUUUAAUCACACACACGCUUUCCACUAUUCAAUGUUUCAAUGUGAUCUGUCUAGCAAUAAAAUUACCAGGAGCUCUGAGAGUUUAUUUUCUGUAUUUCUUGUAGCUUUAUUUUUCUUUUCUCUCUUCACACGAGACACUUCUCAGUUUCACAGUUUAAAUACAUCAAGAAAUAGCUGGUAGACUAAAUUAUUUAUAUGAUGGACGAAAUGUAUCAUUUUAUGAUUAAACAUUAAACCAUUUCUGUGCCCAAAGA